AGCGUACUGCAGGGCGGGGGUAUGUUUUCUCACGUCAACAGAUUAAAUAUAUACAGUACUCUUCUCUAACCUUGAAAUUUAAAGGCAAGCCGGCAAUAUUUCCCGAAAUUCGAUUAAUCCAAAACGGAAUCAUUGUUAGGAGAGGACUGGCGUCGAAGCAACAACAGCGCAUCGGACAGGGUGGACCAUUCCUUUACUUGUUUGGGCUUGAGGAUGCUGCAGCGGUGGGCAUUGCAAAUUUGCAAGUGAACGUCACCACUCCCUGGUUGAACUUCAAGCUACCCAACGUUAGUGCUGUUAUGUGCCUCUCCUCCUGACACCAACCGAGCCGCAAAUAUGAUGCCGAUGAUCUUGACAGUGUACCUCAGUGAUGGAGAGCAGGCUUUAACGGAGGUACCCAUCACCCCAGAAACCUCAUGCCGUGAUGUGGUGGAGUUUUGCAAGGAGCCUGGAGAGAGCGGCUGCCAUCUGGCUGAAGUGUGGCGAGGCAAUGAGCGAGCCAUUCCAUUUGAACACAUGAUGUAUGAGCACUUGCAGAAGUGGGGCCCUCGUAAACAAGAGGUGAAGUUCUUCCUCAGACACGAAGAGUCACCAACCGAGAGCAGUGAUCAAGGGAGCCAGCAGUCUCAAGAGCAGGCCAACCGCAGGGCUGGAAGCAGUGGAGAAAAGAAUGAGAAUGGGGUGGGGAGCCCCCGUGUGGAGCUCACGCUGUCAGAGCUGCAGGAGAUGGCCACACGGCAGCAGCAACAAAUUGAGGUGCAACAGCAGAUGCUUGUCGCUAAGGAGCAGCGUCUGCGCUACCUGAAGCAGCAGGAGAGACGGCAGCAGCAGUCAGUGUCUGAGACAGAGAAGCUGCAGAGGCUGAAGGACCGCGUGGAGAACCAGGAGGCCAAACUCAAGAAGAUCCGUGCCAUGAGGGGCCAGGUUGACUACAGCAAAGUCAUCAAUGGCAACCUGUCUGCCGAGAUCGAGCAGGUGAGCGGGUUGUUCCAGGAGAAGCAGGCGGACCUGCAGGCGGCCGUGCUGCGGGUGGAGCAGCUGAGCCUGCAGCUGGAGGACCUGCGGAGAGGCAAGCUGAACAACCUGCAGUCCGCCCUGGGAGGACAGGUGUCCAAUACCGCCGCUCUGGAGCUGCGCAAACUCUACCAGGAGCUGCAGAUAAGAAACAAGCUGAACCAGGAUCAGAACAGCAAGCUGCAGCAGCAGAAGGACCUGCUGAACAAGCGCAACGUGGAGGUGACGCUGAUGGACAAGCGCAUCACCGAGCUGCGCGACCGCCUCUACAAGAAAAAAGCUGAGCUCAACCGGACUAAUCGGCCGCCGUCUCCCCAGCCGGCCCCAGGGACAGUGGGUCGCGUGGCAGCCGUGGGGCCGUACAUCCAGGUCCCUGUGCCGGGGACGCAGGAGAGUGGGUACUCUGUGCCGGCAGACCCCCUCAAGCCCCAGUCGCUGGGCGUCAACGUCCCCAACAACCAAGCCCGCUUGAAAUCAGUGGCGGAUUCUGUGAGAAAGCCCCCCAGCUCAUGGAAGGUGUCAGAUUUAGACAUCGUUGUGGACCCUGUACCGGCACCCCUUCAAGAAGCUCAAAUGGGGCCCGGGGCCCCCUCCAGUUUGGAAGGUCCUUCCCCUAACGAAGCCAGCUGGCCCACACUAGGCAAGGGCAAUGCCUUGCUAAAACCCCCAGACUGGAGAGAGUCUGAGAUUGACACUCAAGGCACCACUCCACCUCCCAGCUCCCCCUCCGGUACCACCACAGACAAGGUGAUGGACUCAAACAAGAUGACCGUCUCCUCCCCUGCCAUAUCCAAGCCCCAGCCCCCGCCUUACGGCUCGCACCUCAUCUCGGCGGCCUACAACAGCUCGCUGGAGCGCCGCAAAGACGUGCCUCCCCCUCGACCUCACCCCAACCCCCCGGCCCCCUCCUGGCCCCGUGUGCCUCCCCCAUCCGGCUCGUCCUCUCAGCAGAUUCAGCAGCGCAUAUCAGUGCCCCCCAGCCCCACCUUCCAGCCAAACUCACCGCUCUUCCCCCCAGGGCUGGGGGAGCGGCUGGACCCGCCCCUCGCCGUGGCCGUUCGCCCCUUCAUUCCAGACAGAGGGUCGCGGCCGCAGUCGCCCCGCAAGGGCCCGGCCACCAUGAACUCUAGCUCUAUUUACCACAUGUACCUCCAGCAGGCGGCGCCAAAGAGUCACCCUCUCAAACCCGCUCUCAAAGCAGUGUAUGGAAAACCUGUUCUCCACUCGGGCUCCACACCCCCAUCCCCUCUGCCCUUCAUGCUGUCAGGAGGGCCCUUCCCUGCAUUCCAGGGCCACGAAGAUUCUUUCGAUGGCGAAGCGACAGAUCUGGAAGGUGGCCAUGCCCCGGAGUCCUCAGCCCCCCCUCCCAACGUCGAGAACAUCCCGCGGCCUCUGAGCCCCACCAAGCUGACGCCCAUGGUGCACUCGCCGCUGCGCUACCAAAGCGAUGUUGACCUGGAGGUGCUGCGCAAGAAGCUGGCCAACGCCCCUCGGCCACUGAAAAAGCGCAGCUCGAUCACGGAGCCCGAGGGCCCCGCGGGGCCCAAUAUCCAGAAGCUGCUCUACCAGCGCUUUAACACGCUGGCGGGGGGCAUAGAGACUUCUGUUGUCGGGGGAAAUGGGGGAGGGGGGGCCGGGGGAGGCACACCCUUCUAUCAGCCCGCCAAUCCGCCAGACUACCCUUGCGUUAACAUGGCAGCGGACGCCGACAACGGGAAUCCCCCUCCACAGACAACCGGCGCUGAGGGACCAGCCUCAGAAGCUCUCCCUCCGCCAAACGACACCAACGACAACCAGGCCCUUGCAUCGGCCCCGGAGGGCCUCUUGAAUCCCCCCGAACCGGAGGAGUCUGAGGAUAACCACAACAACAAUCUCGAGGGUCUAGUGGUCAUGCUUCCCAGCCCGGUGCUCGAGGUCAGCUCUCCAGAGGAUGCCGGGACUACGCCCUCACCAGCAGUGGAGAAGCGUACUAACUUGAAGAAGGCCAACUCUGAGCGUACAGGCCAUGGCCUCAGGGUCAAAUUCAACCCCCUGGCCUUGCUGCUGGACGCCUCACUGGAAGGAGAGUUUGACCUGGUGCAGAGAAUCAUCUAUGAGGUGGAAAACCCCAGCACUCCCAAUGAUGAGGGCAUCACCCCAUUACAUAACUCUGUCUGCGCCGGGCAUCACCACAUAGUCAAGUUCCUGCUCGACUUUGGUGUCAACGUCAAUGCUGCGGACAGUGAUGGCUGGACUCCCCUGCACUGCGCGGCGUCUUGUAACAGCGUGCACCUGUGCAAGGUCCUGGUAGAGUCGGGUGCUGCAAUCUUUGCCAGUACCAUCAGCGAUGUUGAAACUGCUGCAGACAAGUGUGAAGAGAUGGAGGAAGGCUUCAUUCAAUGUUCCCAGUUUCUCUAUGGUGUUCAGGAAAAGAUGGGGGUGAUGAACAAGGGCGUUGUGUAUGCCCUCUGGGAGUACGAUGCCCAGAGCCCAGACGAGCUGUCGUUUGCAGAAGGGGACGCCAUCACCAUUCUGCGGCGGCAAGAUGACAACGAGACAGAGUGGUGGUGGGGUCAUCUCGACGACAAGGAAGGCUACGUGCCACGCAACCUGUUAGGGCUAUACCCCAGAAUAAAACCCCGCCAGCGUUCCCUUGCGUAAUUCUCCUGUCCCUCUAUCCCUGGUGAACAUCAAGACUACAGACAUCACUCAACACCUGAGGAAAAACAUGGUGCCUGGUGCUCCCCUCCUGCAUCUCCCUCUGCCAUACAUUAGCCUCAUACUUCUACAACCUGUGAACAAUGAAGCUUGAGACUUAACCCCCCCCCCCCCACACACACACACACAUCAAGCUAUCAAGAGCAUCCCCCUGUCAACCACUGAUUUACUCCAACAGACACCAGUUCUAGGCUCGCCAUUUCAUACUCCCUCUCUGUCCAGCAAGAAUUCAACAAUAAACAACUGAUUUUUAUUAUUAUUGAAUACUUACACGUAUUCAUUGGAGAUCACCCCCCUCCCCCAAAACAUACCACUGCUUCGUGUAAGUGCGUGUGCAUGCGUGACAGUGAUGAACUUUGUGUGGGCUUUGUACAUUUACAUUUAGGCAUUUAGCAGAUGCUCUUGUCCAGAGCGACUUACAGUAAGUACAUUCCCCCGAGGCAAGUAGGGUGAAGUGCCUUGCCCAAGGACACAUCAUUUCUGCACGGCCGGAUAUCGAACCGGCAACCUUCUGAUUAAUAGCCAGAUUCCCUAACCGCUCAGCCAUCUGACUCCUUUGUAGGAUGAUAACGAAAUUGAGAAGUGUGUUUUAUGUGAAAAGGGUUGACAACAUCAGUUUAUAAAUUGAAAAUUUGUUUUUUUUGGCAGCCAUAGAGAGGGAUAAAAGAAAACAAAUCUAUGCAUAGAAUCUGAUUUAAUGACAGUGUUAUACAAUCAUAAGUGGGAUCUUGAUACAAGUACACUUCUUAUUUCAAUAAUCAAGUUGUUCUAUUUCACUUCAGUAAAUGCUCCCCAAGGUAUUUCAGAAUAGGCUUUCUUAUCAUUGCCUUAUUUCCUUUUAAAUUCAGAUUAUUUGAUCUCUACACUUUAUUUUAAUGUUUUACUUGUAAUUAAGUAGAAUGGGCAGUCCUCUCCUUCAGUAUGGUCUUUAACUUGUAUUCAUACAGUAGAAAAUUUGACAUUUUGAAACGUUUUUGGGGAGAAGGCUAUACAUAUGUGCAAGGUUUCACCAUCACCCAAAUUGUACUAUUGAAAAUCAUUUAGAAAAGAACACUUGCAGGUAAGUGUUUUUUUAUUUUUUUAUUUACAGUAUUAGAGAGUGUGUGUGAGAGAAAGAGACCAAGCACUUGACCUAACUGGAUCAAUUUUCACCAUCUCAACUGUCAUUUUCUAUUGGUGGCAUAGGUUUUUAUUUGCAUUCUGUUCCCCAAAUCUAACCAUAUUUUCAUUCAUGUGACAUGAGAUUGGUAAUCCUAGUUAGACACGACACGGCCUUUCCCUGAAUCAACUCUGUAAAUACUGUGUGAGGAGUUUAGUGUUUGAGUGUGUAUGAAGACUGUACUCAUGCUGUUCAGUAAAUGUGCACAAUAAAAUGGUCCGAGCAUGA